AUGGACUCGAUUUCAGUCCCACCCCUUCACGAGGCAUACGAGAUGCUCUUGAGCAAGACCAGAAACAGUAACGGAGAGAAUGGUUUUGAUGACGAUCAGGUCUUGGUGGAGGAGGAGAUAGAGUUGCCAGUGAUCAAUAUGAAUCAUUUGGCAGAGAGUGAUGAAGUGAGGAGACAGGAGUGCAAGUAUGCGAUAGCUAAGGCUUCUCAAGAAUGGGGUUUCUUUGAGAUCGUGAAGCAUGGAAUUUCCAAUGAUGUUUUCAGUGGUUUGAGGGUCGAACAGGAGAACAUAUUUAAGCAACCCUUUGAGAAGAAGAGGAAAGAGAACAAGUUUUUCAACUUUUACCGUUGGGGAGCCCCCACUGCAACAUGCAUCAGGCAGUUAUCUUGGUCUGAAGCAUUCCAUAUUCCUUUAACUGAUAUACUAGGUUCCAGCGGAUCCAACACUUUUAGCUCGACAAUUCAACAGUUUGCUACCCAAGUUUCUAUUCUGGCGAAAACAUUAGCUGAUAUUCUGGCUGAGAAAAUGGGUCACAAGUCUAGUUUUUUUCAGGAGAAUUGUUUGCUCAGUUCCUGUUAUAUUCGAUUGAAUCGAUAUCCUCCAUGCCCCUUGAAUUCUGAGGUUCACGGACUGAUGCCACAUACAGAUAGUUCUUUCCUCACAAUCUUACAUCAAGAUCAGGUUAGAGGUUUGCAAAUAGUGAAAGAUGGGAAAUGGGUUGCAGUCAAACCAAACCCCGAUGCCCUUGUAAUCAUCAUCGGCGACUUGUUCCAGGCAUGGAGCAAUGAAGUUUACAAGAGUGUUGAGCACCGAGUUGUGACGAACCCAAAAUCAGAGAGGUUCUCUAUGGCGUAUUUCUUUUGCCGUCUGAUGAUACAGUGA